AUGUCCGACACCAAGCCCAACCCCAAAGACUCCAUGAAGUCUACCUGGCGGACCAAGGACCGCCGGCAAUGGAACCUCGCCCACUGGUUCUACGAGAUGACCGACGUGCAUCCCACCAACCUGCACGACGACAUCCCCGUGCACCAAAAGUCAGAAAAGGUGCCCUACCUGUCCGACUGGCUGAUGCACCGCUGGGUCAUCGUCCACGCGGCGCUCCCCCUCGCCCUGCACCAGCUCUACGUCCACUACACGGGCGUCAACCUCACGGCCCUGCAGGCCUUCCUCUUCUACAGCGUCGCCUUCAAGCUCAUCGCCAUCCGCGAGAUCCACAUGCUCCGCGCCAUGGGCCACCGGCACGGCUUCCUCGACGGCGACGCCCACGAGCGCGACGGCGUGCCCGACGUCGGCGUCUGGAAGGUGAUGCGCUCGCUCGUCUCGACGUCCACCUUCCGCCCCGUCUUCACCGUCUUCCUCGCCUACCGCGCGUCCGAGGCCCCCGCCGACAUGAGCUGGUGGUGGAUGCCGCUCGAGGCCGGGCUCUACGGCAUCGUCCUCGACUUCUGGUUCUACUGGUACCACCGCCUGAUGCACGAGGUCGGCGGCCUGUGGCAGUUCCACCGCACCCACCACCUCACCAAGCACCCGAACCCGCUGCUGACCCUGUACGCCGACACCGAGCAGGAGAUUUUCGACAUUGCCGGCAUCCCGCUGCUGACCUACUUUUCUAUGAAGCUCAUGGGCAUGCCGAUGGGUUUUUACGAGUGGUGGAUCUGCCACCAGUACGUUGUGUUUGCGGAGCUGGCUGGCCACAGUGGCCUGCGUCUUCACGCCACGCCUCCGAAUGUGCUUACCGUCUUUUUGCGCAUGUUUGACGCUGAGCUUAUUAUCGAGGACCAUGACUUGCACCACCGCAAGGGGUGGAAGUCGAGCGGCAACUAUGGCAAGCAGACCCGUUUGUGGGACCGCGUCUUUGGCACCUGCAAGGACCGGAUUGAGUGUGGCUCGACGAAUGUUGAUUACGAGAACCAGGCGAGUAUGCCUAUUUUCUUCUGA